AUGGAUAUCAAUGCUGACACCAAUCUCUCGGGAGCCUUGAUCUUCUGGGCAUAUAUCGUGGGUGCCCUGGCCUGCACUGGGAUCGUCUUGAACACUAUCAGACAGUCAUACCUCAGCAAUGGCAGACCAAAGAUCCCUCCAGUCCUGGCAACUUUGGCCCUAUCUAGCUUCGCUACUCUUUCUUACCAUAUGCUGAAUGUCUUGAUCCUCUCCUAUCAGCAAUGGACAGCACGUCACAGCAUUCCUCUAGGAGCCUUGAUUGGAGCAAAUAGGACGCCUAUACAUCUAUGGCAAUGGUCAAUCACCUCGUCGCUAUUUCAAGAUUUCGGUGAAGCCAUUGUAGCCACCAAAUCUCGAUAUCUUCUUUCUUCUUCUGGCCUAUGGUCUACACUUGCAGUUGCAGUGUAUAUGGGUAUCGAAGGUCGAAGAUGCAAAGUGCCAAACCUCUGGGCUUUCUUUGCACUUCUCGAGAUCCUACCUACCUCAUUUGCACAAACGCUGUUCUAUAUCAUGCUCUGCACCAAGCCUCAACCAGCAAAUUCGAACCAUCAGUCGCUGUCGUACUGGCCUUUCUGGUAUUCUGUUCCUCUUCUGUACAACUACUGCCUCGGUAAAGCGCCUGAAUAUGCCGGAGAGGGAGAAUGGCUUAUCUAUACCAUCCUCGCUGCACGCGUGUUGCUCGUGCUACCGCUGCUUCUUCCUUUGCGCAGCUUGAGCGAUCAAGCUCCUGGAACCAGCCCCAAUACAUUCCAGCAUGUAGCGACUUUACGAUUGUUUACCUUCUCAGUCGGUAUCCAGUAUCUUACCCACAAGAGGAUUGCAGACUUAGGACCUUGGGAACAGAUGCCUUCCGUUUUGUUCGAGGCUCUGAAUAGUCAUCCUGCAGUACAAGCUCUAGGCUAUGAUCUAUUGCAUAGUGUUGUGGCGUUUGGAUAUUGGAUGCUACGAAGAGAGGAUGUCAAACCGGUCGUGGAUGAGGGACCAAGAGAGCAAAAGACGCUUCCCAAAAAGAGACGCUGA